AAGAAAACAGGCAGCAGAACAUCAGCUGAGACUACAUUUCACUAUUUAACCAUCUGAUAAAGUCAGGCAUGGCCACCAAACAAGCAUGUUCAGGCUCAGACCUGAGGAUAGUGCUGGUGGGUCAGGAGAAAGUGGGGAAGAGUUCAGCAGGAAACACCAUCCUGGGAAAGAAGGAGUUUGGCUGUAAGAUAAGCUCCAGCCCUCUGACUCUGAGCAGUGAAAAGAAGGAAGCUGAUGUUCUGGGUCGCAGAGUCUCUGUGGUCGACACCCCCGGACUCCUCAACACUCGGCUGACUGCAGAGAAGGUGAAAGCAGAGCUGGAAAAAGCUCUUGAGCUGAGCUCUCCAGGUCCUCACAUCUUCCUCCUCAUCCUCCAGCUCGGAAGAUUCACCCCACAAGAAAAGGAAGGGCUGAAAACUCUGCAGACAAUGCUGAAUGAUGACAUCUCCAAACAUACUAUGGUGCUGUUCACCUACAGAGACCGACUGGAAGACACCGACAUGGAGCAGUUUAUCAGCGAGGACAAGAACCUGCAGGAGAUUUUGAAGAGAUGUGGUGGUGUCUACCAUGUGUUCAACAACAAAGAGAUGGAAGACAGGCAUCAGGACAACUGA